GUCCCCAGUGAACGGGUGGGGCGUUUGGAAAAUAAAUUCCCACCAUUACUACGUCUUUUUCCCUCCCUUCCAGUGCCUAUAUGAAGGCAUGGCCUUCGACGGGCUGAAACAGGCUUUACCAGAAACCCAUCUCUGAUUUCGUUCUCUCUGGUUUGAUUUAGUAGAAGCCAUGGCUCUCAACAAGUUGGCAGUCGUUUUAGCGGUUUGGUGGCUCAUGGUCAUUGGAAUAUCCACGGCGGGGGCGAGACAACUGCGUCUUCAGCCCGGUUACAACCUCGCUGCACGACUCGAGGGUGGAGAAGGCGGCAUAGCAGAUUGUUGGACUGCACUCCUUGAACUACGAUCAUGCACCAACGAAAUAAUCCUCUUCUUCUUGAACGGUGAAGCUUAUCUCGGCCUUGAUUGCUGUCGAGCCAUCCGUAUCAUUACUCGACAGUGCUGGCCUUCCAUGCUUAAUUCACUUGGUUUCACUGCCGAGGAGGGCGACAUACUCCGAGGUUACUGCGACGCAACAGCUUCUCCUCCAACUCCACGAGUGGUGUCGCCGGUGCAGUCUCCAUCGGGUCUGGUCCUAACCGGUAUGAAGGUUAUGGGUUAGGCCAUCGGACACGAUGUACUGUCUGGGUUUGUCAGGGUAACUCGUGAGCAUUGUUGGGUUUUAAGUUAUCCUUUUGCUGUGAGUGUCGUUUUUAAGUCUUGUUCUGUUUUCUGAGUGUUGGUUUCUGGUUUUGUGGGGAGCCGAUCCUAACUCGGUUGGU